GAAAAAACCCAAGGCUUGAGGCUUGAGCUUUGUCCACCCCCGACCUCUCUUCCCUGCAUCGUGUUCACGUUGCAGAGACUCAUUAUUCGUCUUUCUCCCCAAUAUUUCUACACAGAUUGCUCGAUCGGUCGCCUCAUCUCUCUCCACCCAUGACUCUUAUGACUCCGCCACCAUUGGAUCAGGAGGACGAUGAGAUGCUCGUGCCGCACACCGACUUCGUAGAGGGUCCUCAGCCAAUGGAAGUAGCACAAGCAGAAACUGCAAGUACAGAUACUCAGACAGUGGAAGAUCCGGCACCAGCAAGGUUCACCUGGACAAUUGAGUGCUUCUCUAGGUUGAAUACCAAAAAAUUAUACUCUGAUAUUUUCUAUGUUGGAGGUUACAAAUGGCGGGUGCUUAUAUUUCCAAAGGGGAACAAUGUGGACCAUUUAUCGAUCUAUUUAGAUGUUGCUGAUUCUCCAACAUUGCCAUAUGGGUGGAGUAGAUAUGCACAAUUUAGCUUAGCUGUGGUCAAUCAAGCUCAUAGCAAAUGCACUGUGAAGAAAGACACACAACAUCAGUUCAAUGCUCGUGAGAGUGAUUGGGGUUUCACUUCAUUCAUGCCUCUUGGUGAACUCUAUGAUCCUAGCAGAGGUUAUCUUGUGAAUGAUACUUGCAUUGUUGAAGCUGUUGUUGCUGUCCGUAGGGUGAUUGAUUACUGGUCGCAUGACUCAAAAAAGGAGACAGGUUAUGUCGGACUUAAGAACCAGGGAGCUACUUGUUACAUGAAUUCCCUCCUCCAGACACUGUACCAUAUUCCUUACUUCAGAAAGGCAGUGUACCAUAUGCCAACAACCGAGAAUGAUAUGCCGUCAGGGAGCAUUCCUCUGGCAUUGCAAAGUUUAUUUUAUAAGCUCCAGUACAGUGACACUAGUGUAGCGACAAAAGAGUUAACAAAGUCUUUUGGAUGGGAUACAUAUGAUUCGUUCAUGCAGCAUGAUGUGCAAGAACUCAACAGGGUUCUUUGUGAAAAGCUUGAAGAUAAGAUGAAGGGAACUGUUGUUGAGGGCACCAUUCAGCAGUUAUUUGAAGGGCACCAUAUGAACUACAUUGAAUGCAUUAAUGUGGACUACAAAUCAACAAGAAAGGAAUCAUUUUAUGAUCUUCAGCUUGAUGUCAAAGGCUGUCGGGAUGUUUAUGCUUCUUUUGACAAGUAUGUAGAAGUGGAACGUCUUGAGGGUGAUAAUAAGUAUCAUGCUGAACAACAUGGUUUACAGGAUGCUAGGAAGGGGGUCCUUUUUAUUGACUUUCCUCCGGUCCUUCAACUGCAGCUAAAACGGUUUGAAUAUGACUUUAUGCGGGAUACAAUGGUAAAGAUAAAUGAUCGCUAUGAGUUUCCUUUGCAACUUGAUCUUGAUAGAGAGAAUGGGAAAUAUUUAUCGCCAGAGGCAGACAGGACUGUUCGUAACCUUUACACUCUUCACAGUGUUUUGGUUCACAGUGGUGGGGUGCAUGGUGGACAUUAUUAUGCUUAUAUCAGGCCAACUCUUUCUGAUCAGUGGUUUAAAUUUGAUGAUGAACGGGUAACAAAAGAAGAUUGGAAGAGGGCAUUAGAAGAGCAGUAUGGUGGUGAGGAAGAGUUGCCACACACAAAUCCAGGCUUCAACAAUUCUCCAUUCAAAUUUACGAAAUAUUCAAAUGCAUACAUGCUUGUGUACAUACGCGAAAGUGACAAGGAGAAAAUAAUCUGUAAUGUUGACGAGAAAGAUAUUGCUGAGCACCUUAGGAUAAGGUUAAAGAAAGAGCAGGAAGAAAAGGAGCAGAAGAGAAAGGAAAAAGCAGAGGCGCACUUGUAUACUAUCAUAAAGGUUGCACGUAAUGAGGACCUUCUUGAACAAAUUGGCAAGGAUAUUUACUUUGAUCUUGUGGAUCAUGACAAAGUUCGUAGUUUUCGCAUUCAGAAACAAAUGCCUUUCAACCUUUUCAAGGAAGAAGUCACUAAGGAGUUUGGCAUACCAGUGCAAUUUCAACGUUUCUGGCUUUGGGCAAAACGUCAAAACCAUACAUACCGUCCAAAUCGGCCAUUGACUCCUCAGGAGGAAGCACAAUCUGUUGGCCAAUUGAGAGAGGUUUCUAAUAAAGCAAAUAAUGCAGAGCUGAAGCUAUUUUUGGAAGUUGAGCUCGGGCAGGAUAUGCGACCAGUUCCUCCGCCUGAGAAGACUAAAGAGGAUAUUCUUCUUUUCUUUAAACUUUAUGACCCUUUGAAGGAGGAGCUCCGAUACCUAGGGAGAUUAUUUGUGAAGGGUACUGGUAAGCCAGUAGAAAUAUUAACAAAGAUAAAUCAAAUGGCUGGGUUUUUGCCCGAUGAAGAAAUUGAUCUUUACGAGGAAAUAAAGUUUGAACCUAGUGUCAUGUGUGAACACAUUGACAAGAAGGUCGCAUUUCGUGCUAGUCAGCUUGAAGAUGGGGACAUAGUUUGCUUUCAAAAAUCCCUCCCAGUUGAAAGUAGGCAACAAUGCCGCUAUCCUGAUGUUCCUUCAUUUCUGGAUUACGUACAUAAUCGUCAGGUUGUUCGCUUCCGAUCUCUGGAGAAACCUAAGGAAGAUGAAUUCUGCCUUGAGUUGUCAAAGCUUUUCAAUUAUGAUGAUGUGGUAGAAAGAGUAGCUCGCCAUCUUGGCUUGGAUGAUCCCUCCAAAAUCAGGCUUACAUCCCAUAACUGUUACUCCCAGCAACCUAAACCCCAGCCCAUUAAGUACAGAGGAGUGGAGCAUUUGUCCGAUAUGCUGGUCCACUACAAUCAGACUUCCGAUAUUUUGUAUUAUGAAGUAUUGGACAUCCCUCUGCCAGAACUGCAAGGCCUAAAAACUUUGAAAGUAGCUUUUCAUCAUGCUACCAAGGAUGAAGUAGUAAUUCACACUAUUAGAUUGGCAAAACAAAGCACCGUGGGAGAUGUGAUUAAUGACCUUAAGACAAAAGUUGAGUUGUCCAAUCCCAAUGCAGAGCUCAGAUUGCUGGAAGUUUUUUACCACAAAAUCUACAAGAUUUUCCCAAUCAAUGAGAAGAUUGAGAAUAUUAACGAUCAAUACUGGACAUUACGUGCAGAGGAGAUUCCAGAAGAGGAGAAAAGCCUUGGUCCUCGUGAUCGAUUGAUUCAUGUUUACCAUUUUAUGAAAGACACUGCUCAGAACCAGGUGCAGGUUCAGAAUUUUGGGGAACCAUUUUUCUUGGUCAUCCAUGAGGGUGAGACAUUGGCUGAGGUUAAAGGGCGCAUACAGAAAAGACUACAAGUUCCAGAUGAAGAGUUCUCAAAGUGGAAGUUUGCAUUUUUGUCACUUGGCCGUCCUGAGUACCUCCAGGACUCUGAUGUUGUGUCCAGUCGUUUUCAGAGAAGAGAUGUUUAUGGUGCCUGGGAGCAGUAUCUUGGAUUGGAGCACUCUGACAAUGCUCCAAAAAGGUCAUAUGCAGCCAAUCAGAACCGCCACACAUUUGAGAAGCCAGUGAAAAUAUACAACUAGGUAAGUCUGAUGGAGCUUCCACCUGUCCAUUGGCUGAAUCUGAUCUCUCUUAAAAUGCAUGUGCGGCUUUGUGAAAAGAGGAGCAGAGGAAGCUAGCAGUUGAUUUCUGCAAGAUUUAGUUAUUGAUAUUGCUGUAAGUGUAAUUCUUUCUUACGGGUGCAGUGUUAGCUCCAUAGUUUGCAUCUCUCUCUCUCUCUCUCUCUCUCUCUCUCUCUCUCUCUCCAGGGCACACCCAUUAUAGUGGUGUGGUAGGGGGGCAUUUCAUGCUAUUCCAUUGUAAUGUAAUCAGUGCAUUGAGAUUUUUUUUUGGGGGGGGGAGAUGUAUAGAGGGUAUAGGUGUGUUUUGAAC